AUGAAGCUCACCCUCCUUGUCACCCUCGCCACCCUCCUUUCGGCCUCGGCCAGACCUACCUCGCGUGCAACCGCAGACGACUGUGCGGUGUGUACCAUCAAGACCCCCUACCCCGCCGUCGACAGCUACCUCAACGGUAACUGCCGCUGGGCGGCCGCGACCAACAAGCGCGACCCGACGUUCCUGCCUACGCUCGCGACGGCGCAGCACCCGCCGCUGCUCUGGAUCGGGUGCGCCGACUCGCGCGUGCCGGAGACGGUGAUUACCAAGAAGCGCCCCGGUGACAUCUUUGUUCAUCGCAACAUUGCCAACCAGUUCCAUCCCGAAGACGACUCGGCCAACGCCGUGCUCAACUACGGCGUGCUGCACGUCGGCGUGUCCGACGUCGUGGUGGUGGGCCACACGUCGUGCGGCGGCGCCAAGGCGGCCUACGAGGCGGUGCACCCGCCCGCCGCGGCUCCUGCUGGGCACCGUCGCGAUGAAGCCGCCGCGGCCGCGAACGACGGCAGCGACCACCUGAACCGCUUCCUCGCGCCGCUGAUCGACAUUGCCAAGGGUCUGCCGGGUAACUCGACCAUUGACGACCUCAUCGUUGCGAAUGUCAAGAAGGGCGUCGAGAAUGUCGUUGCGUCGAUCACCAUCAAGGCCGCCUGGGCGCAGGGCAAGAACGUCACGGUCCACGGCUGGGUGUACCACCUCGACACGGGCCUCAUCACCGACCUCGGCGUGUCGCGCGGCCGCGUGUAG